AUGCCUAGGGCUCGAAAAUGUGUCAGGCGAGGGCGCGGGGCGGGACAUGACAAUCCAGGUCAAAGAGGCUGGGACAUACCCUCUACAUGCUUUUUAUGUAUCCUCUCUGUGUUGAUUCUCCUGGAGGAAUGUCAUGUGGCAUCUGGAGUGUUGAAGACCUCCAUGCUUGAUCCAGACAUUAUUCUUGCUGCAGAUACCUGUUCAUCGCCUUGGGAAAGGGGCUACUCGCCUGUGAUAAAGGCUCCCAGUGGGCGCUUCCCGUACAUGGUGAGUUUGAGGGACAAAUCCGGCAUCCGAGCACACAGGUGUGGUGGGGUGCUGAUCCACCCACGCUUCGUUCUGACAGCGGCGCACUGCAUGGAAAGUUUGGGGCCCAAUCCUCCAGCACACAUCGGGGCUGAAGAAAUACAGGACAACGAGGGUGUCAAAGGCGUCCAGGCCGUAGGGGUGGAGGAGUUCAUUUGGCCUGCCUGCUGGAAGCCAGACGAUGUAUUCAAUGGUUGUGACAUUGCAUUGGCAAGGCUUGAAAAGUCAGUGAAGGGUGUGGCGAUGCCAAGGCUUCCGCACAAGGAGACAGACGAUGGCGGAAACAAACGAGCCGUGGCGGUUGGGUAUGGCUUGGGUGUGCCUCCUAUCGAAGGGAAGCAGUUUCUAAAAGUGACUACAGAGCUUGUGCUGGUGGGGAACCGCACAUGCCCCUGUGGCAUUGCUGAUAAAAUGAAGGAGGGCAUGAUUUGCGGGGCUUCCUAUGGGCAUGAAAUAAGCGAUGGUGACUCGGGCGGUCCAGCGGUGCUUCGGGAUGCGAUGGAAUACAAAAAUUCCACAAUAGAACAACAAGGAAGCCCAAGCUUCGACGAAGUAGUAGGAAUCGUUUCCUUCGCAGCCAGUUGCCCUGCCAGUGGCAUGGUGGUGUCUGGUGUAAGCUUCACACAAGUCAGAGCGCAUCUUGAGUGGAUUCAAAUGCAGCUGCCCUGGAGAUUGCCUUGGCAGCAGGUGGAUGGAAAGCUCAUAUUCCCGCUCCCUGAACCACCGAUCAUGACAGUGCAAAAAGCCAUUGUGCUGCUGUUCGUUACCAUCGCUGCUGCCAUCUGGGCGUGGUGGGGGCCUCGGAAGACUGCCACUCCCAGACCACAUUUCGGCAGAAGGGACCUGAAGACAAUAUGUGGCCGCCAAAUUGAUCAGUGUCUGUGCAAAUCCGUUUCAGUGAAAGAGGCGCAGGGUUUUACAUUCUCAAGUGAAGGUGGGUUGGAUGAAGCCACCCUUCUCCUGGAAGAGGGCGCGGAGCUCAUGGCACAAGGAACAUACCCAGAGGCCGAGGAAAAAUACAGAUCGGCAUUGGGAAAAACAGAAGAAGAGCUGGAAUUGCACUUGAGAAACGAAAGAAGAGUUGAACCGCGCUUCCAGGAAGAGAAUGAAGCCAUCAGGCGUCAUUGGCAGCAAUUCCAAGAGACACUGUCCUGCUUUCAACGCAGUUUCGAACAGAAUGGCCGAGGGAAUGGACCAAGGGAAGCAACAGGCCCCGAAGAUAGGAACACUCCUGCAGCACGAGGACGGAAGUUGACAGCAAAACAUCUAGGUGUGGCGGAGUGUCUGGACAGCGUGGGUUGUGCGCGCCGAUGCCAAGGAGACUAUAAGGAGGCUGCGAAACAUCACACACGUGCACUGGAGAUUCGAGAGGUCCAGCUGGGCAAGGACCAUGCAUGUCUGACCAGCAGUUUGGGAAAUUUGGCAGAAGCGUUGCGUCUGGACAGGCAGUGGAACGAAGCUGAAAGGUGUUAUCGGCGACAGCUGGGCAUAACCAAGGAGGCCUUGGGUGAUGGUCACCCCGAUUGCGCUGCCUGCUUGAACCGGUUGGGGGAGGUGCUGGAGGAGCAACAACGGAUGGAAGAGGCCGAGGAGGUAUAUGACAAAGCCCUGGGUAUCUACAAUAUUGACAGCCAUCGCUUGGAAUCUGCUGUCACCAUGUGCAACUUGGCCCUCGUGUGCAGGAAGCUGGCAAAAGUGCCCAGCGCAAAUGCCAAAGACAAGUUGGAAAAAGCAGAGAGAAUGGAACGUGAAGCGGAGAAGAUACGUGAUGAAUGGUUGCCUGGGUCAUGGUGGAGACAAAUUGAGAAAGUAGCUUCACGACUGAGACUGGACUGGUUCAUCAGUGUUUUCGUCAGUGUCCAUCAGUGA